AUGAGGAUUGUAGAAGUUGGUGUUGGACAAGGAACCACCUACAGCCCAUCAUCCCCACUCCAAACCCCGCCACCGCUUCAAACCCCGCCACCCCUCCGAACCCCACCAACGCUCCAAACCCCACCACCCCUCCAAACCCCACCACCACCCCUCCUAACCCCGACCACACCUCCGAACCCCGCCACCCCUCCAAACACCACGACUGCUCCGAACCCAACCACCCCUCCAAACCCCACGACCCCUCCAAACCCCACGACCCCUCCAACUCCCACCACUGCUCCCAACCCCACCACCAUCCCUCCAAACCCCACAACCCCUCCGAACCCCACCACCGCUCCAAACCCCACGACCACUCCGAACCCUGCCACCCCUCCGAACCCCACCACCGCUCCAAACCCCAUGACCCCUCCAAACCCCACCACCGCUCCAAACCCCACCACCACCCCUCCAAACUCCACCACCCCUCCAAACCCCACCACUACCCCUCCAAACCCCACCACUCCUGCAAACCCCACCACCCCUCCAACUCCCACCACUCCUCCAACUCCCACCACUCCUCCAAACCCCACCACCCCUCCAACUCCCACCACUCCUGCAAACCCCACCACCCCUCCAAACCACACCAGCCCGCCAAACCCCACCACCCCUCCAAACCCCACCACCCCCCUCCUAACCCGACCACCCCUCCAAACUCCACCAACACCCCUCCAAACCCCACGACCGCUCCGAACCCCACCUUCCCUCCGAACCCCACCACCACCCCUCCAACUUCCACCACAGCUCCAAACCUCACCACCACUCCAAACCCCGCCACCCCUCCGAACCCCACCACCACUCCAAACCCCACCACCCUCCAACUCCCACCACUGCUCCAAACCCCACCACCACCCCUCCAAACCACACCAGCCCGCCAAACCCCACCACCCCCUCCUAACCCCGACCACCCCUCCAAACUCCACCACCAUCCCUCCUAACCCCACCAUCCCUCCUAACCCCAACACCCCUCCAAACCCCACCACCGCUCCACCCUUCCUAACCCGACCACCCUUCCAAACCCCACCACCACCCCUCGAAACCCCACCAACGCCCCUCGAAACCCCACCACCACCCCUCCAAACUCCACCAAACCACCACCACCCUUCCAAACCACCACCACCCCUCCAAACCCCACCACCCCUCCAAACUUCACCACCCCUCUUAACCCCACCAUCACCCCUUCAAACUCCACCACCACCCCUCCAAACUCAACCACCACCCCUCCAAACCCCACCACCACCCCUCCAAACUCAACCUCCCCACCAUCCCACCACCACCCCUCCAAACCCCACCACCACCCCUCCAAACUCCACCACCACCCCUCCAAACCCCACCACCACCCCUCCAAACUCCACCACCCCACCACCACCCCUCCAAACCCCACCACUGCUCACUAUCUGCAUUAAUGGGUGA